AUGGGCUGCACACCAUCUCACAGUGAGAUUGUCAAUACUCUUGCAAGAAGUGGCCUUAAGGCUUUGAAUAAGCCCAAAGGUGUUUUGCAUAUUGAUCCAACAGACAAAGGAAUUCCGCUGCUAGUUAAAGGUUCAUCUUGCUACAGUUUUGAUGAACUUCAGCAAUAUGGGGUCCAGAGGAAUGACUGCCUGAUAGAAACCAAGGAGAAAACAUCUGAGCGGGAUAAGAGUGAUCAUUUGCAGUGUUCUUCCAACUCUCAUCCAAAGGUCCCCAUUUCCAGGGAAGACAAAGUAAUUGAGAGGACAGCCACAGAGGCUGAAGUUAUAUCCAAACUGAUUGAAUCUCAAAAACACAUCACUGAGGCUAUACAGAUCAGAAAGCAAAGCUCCUGUGAAUCAGAAGCAUCAGUGUUCAUUUUGGAUAAUAAGAACGAAAGCAACGCAAAGCAAAUCCUAAAGAAAGGGAAGAAGCCAAAGAAUCAGAAGUCAGCAAAACAAGGUCGACUUAGCAAAACUAAAGAAAAGUCCAUUUUGUCCCCGUGUGAGACAGAGGAAAAGGUGGAUUUCCCAGAACUGCUUGUUAAGGCUCAUCAGAGUGCAUACGCUUACUUAAAUCCCAAUCUUUCCAAGUAUGAAGCAAUACUUCAUAUGGCUGAUCAGGCUGCCCAAACUCAGCUCUUCCUACAACAGAUGGUAAGCUUCCUCGUGCUUCGCUUUGAUGAAAUCAACCAGCUCUUGGAAGAAAUUGCUAAUGAUGGGGAAAAUCUUCUCAAAAACGUGGGGGGGAAUCUGGCAUGGCCAUCAGAAAAAGGUGAUUUGAAGGAGCACCCUGAUCUUCUGCAACAACUACUGCAAUACACAAUCAAUAAAAUGCAGUUACUGAAUGGAACGCUAGCCUCUCUCACCUCCGAUGCCCUGCAGGAGACAUGCAACUACCUGCAGACCGCUGCAAGCAACUUGGAAGGAAAACUGAAAGCAAAGCAAAUGUUUGAUGAGCGCCUGCUUCAGACAGUAAGGCUGCUUGAAGCCUCAACCGUAGGGAACCCUCAGUUCCAUGGUGAUGACAGGACUCUCUGUUCUGAGGACAGUGGCAUUGGUGUGGACAAUGAAUCCCUCAAAGACUUCAGUCCUUUCAGCCAUCUUGGAGCACAAGCAAGCCUUGAUUCCUCUGCACAUGGUGUUCUGUCCCAGAAGCACAGCAGAAUGAUGGAGCAUAUCCACAAUGGGACAAGGCCACCAGGCACAGCCACAUCUCAUAACUCCACACUCGAAAUGCAUUUUAAAGAUGUGCUUCAUUCAUCUGUACAGAGUAGAGAAGGAACUACUUGUCGGGGAGGAAUACCAGAAGGUAUUUCCACCAUGGCACAAGAUGCAAGCUUGAGUAAAAGCCACUCCUGUAACUCCUUCCAGUCUGACUCUACUCAAGAACAUGAACAUUUCCAAGUUGGUGAAUCAAUAGAUUUUCCUUCAGAUGAUGAUGAUGAAGGGAGCACCCUGGGGGAGGAUGACAACACAAGUUUAUCAGAAAUGGGGAAGGAUGCCCUGCCAAAGAGGCCCCAGACCUCACCUGAAGUCACUGAUGACACAAAAAGGCAGUCUAUCAAAAGGACAGAAAAUGCAGAAGCAGAGGAAAUGAUUCUGAAGAUGAAAGAUGCCAUCAGUGAAAAAAUCAAAUUUGUCCCAGCUAAGUCUAGGCAUAAAGAGUGGAUGGAGGAUGAGAGUGGAACUGCCAUCUUAACAGCAAGGCCCAGUACAGCAACAGGCAGACAGAAAACCUAUGGUAAACACCGACGAUCCCGGUCAGAGGAGUCCCUCAGAAGCCAGGCAGAGGACCCAACCCUCCUAGAGCUUCAGAGAACUCAAAAGGAGCUCAGCAAAAGGCUAGAAAUGUUUUAUGAAAAGAAGGAGACAGAUAACAACAAAGAGCCUAGGAAACUAAGAACAACAUGUUACUUGCAGGAUGAGCAAGUUACUUCUAGGUCUUCUAGCAAACUGAAGGCAUGCCUCUCAAAAAAUUUCAGCAUCCUGCCUAACCAGGAUAAAGUCCCUUCGUACAUAGUUGAUCAAAAUCCUGCCCAUCAGCUGGAUGAAAAAAGAGACAAGAAGCCUUUGAAAGCUACUAUGCCCACCCAGGAGACGUCAUCAGGGAAUGAAGAAAACAAGCCUUCUGGAACUCAAACGCUCAGUGGCAGCAGUUGUGCCCCCCGCCAGUCUGUCAAAAAGCUCAUUGAAACAUUCAGUCCCACUGAUGAGUUUGGAAAAGCCGCACCUUUGAAAUCUUUAGGACCAGUAAAAUGUGUCAGAAAGUUUGGACUUCCAGUCAUCCCACCCACUGUUCCCUUUCAGAGAGGCCUAGUGCCUUUGAAUGUUAAGCAUCGCAUUUCGCCAGUAGAAGGCACAAACCUUUCAAACAACAGUGGAGUUUGUUCUAACUUUCCAAAUGCCUUUCCUCCUAUACCAGCAGCAGCAGAAUUAAGCAAGGACGCAAAGGAAGAGACAGAUGAAGAUAUUGAGAACUUGCCACCACCACCCCCUGAAAUGCUCAUAGACAGUACUUUUGACUCCUGUGAGAUGGAAGAAACUGCAAGAAUAGAAGGAAGCUCAUCAGAAGAUGCCAAAAAGCCUGCCAAAACAGAAUUUCAAGCUACUAAGAGAACACAAGUCUCCCCAAAAAUGAGGGCCUCUCUUCAGUCCAUUGACUUAUUACCAAGCAAAAAUAUCAAUGGCCCCAAUGUGGCUGCUAACAAAGUUCUAAGGAACAGUGAACCCAGGGAUGAUAAACUGCAGAUAUAUUCUCUGGAGUUGAACCCUACCAAUGUGCACAUCCCUAGUCAGGAAGAGAUAUUAGCGACCCAGAGAAAAGAGGCUGCAGAUUUGUACAAGCAAACGCAUAAAAUUAUUCCUCUUCAAAAUCCCAGCGGGGUUUCAAAACCACACAGCAACAGCUCAGAGAGCAUGGAGGCCAAUUCACCCACAACUUCAGUGCCACACCAGAAGCACGGCUCUCCUGACUCUCUCAGGAGAAACGAAAAAGGCUCAGUGUUCUCCAGGAGGGUGUCCCCAGCGAGAACCCCUCCUCCUUCUCCGCCAACUGAGAAACGGCUUUUCAGCCCUCCAACACAUCAUAGACACUCUCUGCAAGCUUUUAGCAGCCCCCAGCCCAGCUCGCCCACCAUGCAGAGGAAACCCAGCCCCCCUGCCAGCCCCAGAGCACCCAGCCCUCCCUCACAGAAGAAGCUGCCCUCUCCACCAGCCCAGCGCAAACUGCUCAGCCCUCCUGCAGAGCAUAAGCAGAGCUCAUCAAGCCCACACCGGCCACCAGGCUCCCCAGCAUACCGCCGUGACACAGCCCCUGCUCCAUUCCCCAUCGCCCCAUCCCCACCAACCUCCCCAUCUCGCUCCUACAGAGGAUCAAGAGCAGGUCUGGAUGCCGGGGAUGAACCCCAGCCUUCCUCCACCAAAAAGGGCAGCAACGUACAUUCAAUAUUUUGCCCAGCCACCUCUUCCUUAUUUGAAGCAAGACCUCCACCAGCACCCAGCAAACCCUCAGAGGAGGUCACGGGUCAGCCUGAAGCCUCAAAACCUUCCCAAAAGAGCAGCCUGCUUUUCCAGCAGCUGGGAGCUCGAACCAGAAAGCUGUCCCUGAGCGCUGCCAAUCCUCAGCCAUUUGUGAAGAGAAGUUUCUCUGACCGACGACCAGGGGUCCGGUUCUUCCUUCCAGCUCCUGUGUCAGCUGCCAGUGAACCCGCUCUUAACCAAGCAAGCAUGGACGAGAGCCCUAGAAAAGCAGGCGACUCUUGGAGCAACCCUUGUGCCCCAGAAAUCAAAGAGUCCAACAGAUCUGCUUCCCACCCGGAGCUCUACAUUGUGGGCCAGAGGCUGCAGAGGGACUGACUGCAGAGGCAUGAGGAGGGAACAGCCUUACCCAAGCUUCCAAAACGCUGCUCCGUUAUUUUUAAUCACAAGGAAACAAUAUGAUGGCACUGCAUCUGAAAACCCAAACCUCUCGACCUCCAGAGGAAAUACCAGAGUGAUAACCAGCUGCUUCUCCUGAUUGCAACUCAAAGGUUUGCUUUCAGCAACAGAAAUGCUUGCCAGUUCUGCAAGUCUGA